CAGGAGGCGUGACUAGGAGCGGGAAGUGGGGCGGGAGCCGGGCUGCGGAGCCGCAGCCGCCGCUGUCAUGGACGCCUGGGUCCGCUUCACUGCUCAAAGUCAGGCCCGGGAGCGACUGUGUAGGGCUGCCCAGUAUGCUUGCUCCCUUCUUGGCCAUGCACUGCAGAAACAUGGGGCCGGUCCUGGGUUACAGAAACAGAUUCAACAACUGGAGGGGCAUCUGAGCCUAGGAAGAAAGCUUCUGCGCUUGGGUAACUCAGCAGAUGCCCUUGAGUCAGCCAAACGAGCUGUGCAUCUAUCAGAUGUUGUCCUGAGAUUCUGCAUCACUGUUGGUCAUCUCAAUCGAGCCUUGUACUUCGCCUGUGACAAUGUCCUGUGGGCUGGAAAGUCUGGACUGGCUCCCCGUGUGGAUCAGGAGAAGUGGGCCCAGCGUUCAUUCAGGUACUAUCUGUUUUCCCUCAUCAUGAAUUUGAGCCGUGAUGCCUAUGAGAUUCGCUUACUGAUGGAACAAGAAUCUUCAGCUUGUAGCCGGCGACUGAAAGGUUCUGGAGGUGGAGUCCCAGGAGGAAUUGAAACUGGGGGACCUGGGGGUCCAGGGACUCCAGGAGGAGGCCUUCCCGAAUUGGCUCUGAAACUUCAGCUCCGAGUCCUGCUCCUGGCUCGGGUCCUUCGAAGUCACCCCCCCCUUCUACUGGAUGUGGUCAGAAAUGCCUGUGAUCUUUUCAUUCCACUGGAGAAACUAGGUCUCUGGCGCUGUGGCCCUGGGAUUGUGGGGCUUUGUGGCCUUGUGUCCUCCAUCCUGUCUAUUCUCACUCUAAUCUGCCCUUGGCUACGACUCAAGCCCUGAUACUGUGGUACAGAAUAAGAGGGGACUUGAAUUGGUAAGAUGGAAUCUUAGAUUGUCCCCAAUAUACCACCCUUAUUCUAACUCUACUCCUUGGCUAAACUUACAAUUCAGAGAUUUAGGAGUAGAGAGGAGCUUUGGGGAAAAUGAGGUGAAGAAAGGUGACUUGUGAAGUCAAAGAUGAUUCUAAUGUUCAGAUAUGCUGAGCUUUUGUCUUUUCCUUCACUGCAUUGUCUGAGUCUCUUGAAUCUUUUUACUUUGUUUCUCUUAAGUCUAUUUAAGAUUUUGUCUCUGCAUCUCUUUUUUUACCUUCUUAAUCCUCCUGUCCUAGGAAUUUAAUCAGUAGCAGAGUUAGUUUUGGGUAGGGGAGGUAAAAAAGUGUGGUCUGUAAAAUUCUGCCUUCUUUUUCCUCCCAAAGGUGGCUUAUGGCAGAUUUUACCUCCUUCAAACUCAAAAUCAUAAUUUUAAAGACAUUAUGCCCCAGGGUACUCUUCACACCCCAGAGGUAUUUUGAUGCUUCUCUUCCUCCCUCAUGGCUACCUCACCAGCCUCCCUCAUGACAUGGCCCUUAUCCUUCCCUCUACUCAUACCUGCAGAUUUCUGCUUACACUUAUGAUUUCAGAGCUCUGUUCCCUAGUCUGUUCUUACCCUUUCUUUGCCUAUCCAGAAGGAUGCUGUGUCUAGCAUCUUGCUGUAAAUAUUGUACAAUGAUUCUGUGUAAAUAGCUGUGGUCCGUGCCCACAAUAAGAACAAGCUUUCCAGGUCAGCAGAUUAAAGAUCAGUUUGCUCAUUAA